AUGUCUUGGCCAACACCAGCGGAUCUUGAUGACCUUCAGGGUGAUGUUGUUCUCGGACUUCCAAAGCGCGCAGAAACCUUCAUUUUCUUCAAUAUUGCGAAUGUUGCCAAUUUCAAGAAAUCUCUCCAACAGUUUAUACCAGCCGUCACGACAACGACCCAGGUCCAGCAGUUGCGGAAGGAGAUCGCUGACCACAAACUCACGGGUUCGCCGGACCUGUUGCAGAUCCAAUGCAUGAAUUUUGCUCUAUCACGUCGUGGAAUGAAGGAGCUCGGAGUUACCGACGAUCUAAGGGAUGGGCCGUUCAACGAUGGGCAAAAGGCGCAUGCCCAGCCUCUGGGCGACAACGGAAAGCAGAGCCUGCUCUCUUUUGAUCCAGACUGGCUUCUGCCUUUCAAGAACGAGGUCGAUGGUGUCUUCUUGAUUACGGGUGACUCAGACUCCACUGUCCUUGAUGGUAUCAACAAAGUCAAUAAUACUUUCAGCGGUUCCUUCACGGAAAUGCUCAAGGUUGAGGGUCGUGUGCGCCCCGGGAAGGAGAAAGGCCAUGAGCACUUUGGAUUCCGUGAUGGCAUUUCUUUCCCUGCAAUUAGAGGCUUUGUCGAUCCUUUUCCAGGUCAGACUCAGGUGGAUCCAGGUGUAAUUGUAUGCAAAACAAAUGGUGAUGGUGUACUGUUUCGUCCCGACUGGGCGAAGAACGGAUCCUUCCUAGUAUAUCGCCAUCUACAGCAAUUUGUUCCGGAAUUUAACACGUUCGUCGAGAACAACCCAGUUGCCGAUUCGCAGGUAGCAGCUGAAAACCAAGUGGAACUAGCGGGAGCAAGAAUGUUUGGACGCUGGAAGAGCGGGGCGCCGACUGCCCUCUCUCCGUUCGCAGAUGAUCCCGCUCUUGCGGACGAUCCGCAAAAGAACAACAACUUCAACUUCUCAGAAGUCAACUUAAAUGACCAGACUAGGUGUCCCUUUGCAGCACACGUUCGCAAGUCAAACCCGAGGAAGGAUUUAACAAGUGUUCCGGCUUUCGGAGAAGCAUUCGUGGAGUCACACAUGAUAAGCCGUCAGAGCGUUCCCUAUGGACCAGAAGUAGACCCAGAUGCCGAGAAAUUCACGACAGUAAAUGAUCGUGGCCUUGCCUUCGUUUGCUAUCAAAGUAACAUUGACAAUGGUUUCGAGUUUGUCCAAAAGACAUGGGCCAAUGACGUGCUGUUCCCACCCCUGAAGCUUAAUGGGAUUCUCCCUCUUGUCCCAGGUUUCGACCCUAUCAUCGGUCAGAACAAUGGCAACGAUCGUCAAAUGGCGGGUCUUCAGAUUGACCACCCGGCUCAGGAUACAAAGCUUCCCAUAGAAUUCGUCGUGUCGAAGGGGGGAGCGUACUUUUUCUCGCCAUCUAUCACCGCGCUCAAGACCAAGUUCUCCGUCUGA